UGUAAGUUCCACUCUGCCUUAGGAACUGUGACCAGAUCACAGCUUCAGAGUGAGGGUUGCUGGGCCUAUCUGGAAGGUGCCUGGGAUGUACCCAGUGUAGUCGCCUAUACAAACUUUUAUGGUUCUGGUUCGCAGUUUGUAGAUCUACUCUUGGGGUCACCCAAGAGGAGCCUGCUCCUGUGGUGUCUGAUUACAGAUUGGGCACCUGAUACAAAGAACAGGGGAGGCCACCCCUAAACCCAACAAAGGAAAGGAAGCAAUCCAGCUGUUGAUAUAGCCAGAGGGCCACCAGGGGGCCAGUUUCUGUGUCACCCAGGGAAGUGUCCAGUGUUGCAAACCAACAAGCUUUGUGGAAGCUUAAGUGAGUCAGCACAUGGAAAGAAUUUAGAAGAUGAACUGGCUGGUAUGAAAAGUUCCAUGAAAAUUAUUUCCCUCUUUUGUGCUUCUCCUGAAUGGGAACCGUCCAUGGUUCAGUAAAGGAACUGAUGACUGAUAAGGCAGAGGAGCCUGCUUUCGGUCCCCAAAGCCAAAUGAAACGUCCCGGGAAACCUAUCACUCCGCCUCCAUUUAAGAGAAUGCUGAGGAUGACGCUGCUGACAGUGAAACAGGAAGAAGAGGGAGUAUCCCACCCCGGGGGCCCAGCCAUGUGCUUGGAAGAUGACCCCAAGAUGAGAUCAAUGUCUGUCUCAGAUGUGACAGAUAAACUGCCAAUACCAAUGGAAAUCAAUAUAGAAAUCAAAGAGCAAUUGAAGAAGGAAAUUCGACAGUUUGGAGGAAAAUAUGAAAAAAUCCUCAAAUUGCUGGAAGGAGUGCAAGGACCUCCAGAACUGCAGAGAAAAUUUGUCAUAUAUACUAUGAAAGAAGCAGCAAGAUUUCAAAGACAAGACUUAAUAACUCAUCUUCAGAAGAUACUAGACAACUUAGAAGUGGACCACUUUCUCAAGAAAGAUAUUCACACCCUAAGUUUAUAAUCCCAUUAUGGAAAUGAUCAACGAGAAAGCAGAAUGAGUUGGCUGUCCUGCAAUGUACUGGAUAUUAUUGAUACAUGCUAGCAGGAGUUUGCUAAAAAUUUUCUUCUUGUGGCUAAUAAAAAGCAUUGCAACUUGAAUGCUGUAAGUUUCUGUUAGUAAAAGCUGGGCUUUUGCCCUAAGUAUUUUGUUUGAAGGAAUAA